AUGAAUCUGUUCUACGACAUCCUAUUCCCAGAGGAGCGGGCUGCUAUCCAGGGGUCCCGAAUCCCGAAAGCACACGAGGAGGAGGAGGUUCAUCGACUAUGUACCAUUCGCGGCAUACGCCAUCAUUAUGGCUUCGCUCAAGAGCUUCGUGGAACCAAGCCAGAAUUUACAUGCGCUUUAAACGCCCGGGAUAUUACGAGCGGUAUUGUUCCGACCAUGUCAUCGCCUGAGGAGGUGCCUUAUUGUAUUUGGCAUCCGGAUGUCCCACCCGAGGAGACUCUGCGGGCUUUGGUGCAGCGAUACCCGGACAUGCUUUCUCAUGCGGCCCAAGCCUGUGCUAUUGCGGGAUACAUCGAUCUGUACACGGAACUCGAACCUCUUCCUGAGAUUUAUAAGCAUAUUAUGUCUCAGCCUGCAAAAUUCGAGAUUAUGAAUGACUAUACCAGUACAGUCAACAUUGAUGCCCCUCGAGUCGCAUCUCUGAAUGGGGAGACUGCUGUAUACGCGAGUCUUACUGCAAGACCGAAGUACUAUGGCCCUCGAGAUCUCAUAUGUGAUGCCCCGCCUUGGAAUGAAUAUUGUCGCGAUCCCCUUUAUUUCAAUAUCACAGAAGAUUGGGGCAUAGAUGACCAUAACAGAAAGGAUAAACUCAUUUAUGUUGCCGCAUACAAUGGAGAAAUCGAUCGUUACGCACGGCUUCGACGACUGCACAUGCUUAAAUAUGAAUGGGCCAUGGUGGUGCACGGUAAUUAUCAUUAUCCGUUCUUUGCCAAAUGGUGGACUACACAGAUCCCCGAGCACCCGCAAGAUAGACAUGAGAUCAAUAGCAGGCGCGCGAUCAACGCCCGCCGCAUCAUGUCCAAUAAUCUGUCCUGGCUCACUAUCAAUACUCCUGGGAAGCUAUUGCCGGAACUCAUUUGGUAUUCAAAUACCGCGGACUUGACGACCUAUGAGAGGCUCGCUCACAAGAGACCAGAUAUGUUUGAAGAGUGUCUACGAGCCUGCAUAAUUGCAGGGUAUACAAAUACGUGGGAUUAUUUGCUGCGUGACGCACCUGAAAUUUUCAAUGAACACAAAUUCCAAACCUGCAUCUCCGAAGCCGUGCCCGAUGCUGCUGACAAGUUGGGGGUAGCGCACCCUAAUAGUGACUGGUGGGGGGACUAUGUCGUCGCGAAAUCUCUUUACCACGCACACAAUUCUCCGAUUAGCUGUUUCCAUGACCCCGUCCGCCCAGGAGCGUGUGAAGGUCCAUAUAAUGGAAUGGAUUGUGGCAUUGGUGAGGGUGUCGACCUUGCUUUCUUUCUCGGUGAUGCCCUGUCGAAGGAGACCUGGAAGAGAGAAAUCUUGGAUGAGGGGUCCACAACCGCCUGUCUGCAGGAAGUGUGGGACUUGUUAGAGAUGAAGCAAAAGGAAUAG